UGUACAAAAAUAUCAUAUUUUAUUCAACAAAUUGAACUGCCGCUAUGCCGCCUAAAAAGAAGGAUAAGAAAAAAAAGGAGAAGGAGCCGGAGGUGGUGGAGCCAGAAUUGAAAUUCGAGUCUAAGCUCGAGGAAACGGAUGUUUUGGAAUUGAAUUUAUAUUCGGAUCUCAAUGAUGGCUUCUUCAACGAGGCGAGUCGGAUUGUGCAGUUCCUUAUGGAGAAUCAGCGUCAUUUUGAAGCGUCCCGUAUUAAACGCUACUCCGACAUCAUUUUUAAUUUACAUCGUCGCUACGUGGAAGAGGUAGACAGUAAUAAUAUUUUGCGUCCGCAAAUAUCAUCCGCGGAAAAUAAAUUACGUUUGGCGCUUGAGCUGACGAGCACGUCAGAGGAUACCAUGCAAAAGUUAAAGGAGUCUCUGGGAGAUGCGUGGAAGGAAUCGGAUGCGGCGGCCUUGCGAGAACAAUUGGUGCAGGAAAAGUUGCAAGAGGUGCUCAUGAAAUGUGAGGGCUUGGGUGAUCGGGAUGCUGGGAAAUCUGACGAUGCGUCUGAGUUCGGGCAUUUGGCCAAGUACAAGAAUAUUAUACUACGAGAACGCGAUCGUCUUUCCGGCGAGGUGAUUGACCUGGAGAAACGUUUAGCUACCAAUCGCUACUAUUCUGAAAAUUUGGAGUAUAUUAUACGCAACAAUGAAGAUGCUAUGGGCAAAAUGGUGACACGGGCAAAGUUUGCUGAAGGCGAGCGUCUCAAUGUGGAAUCAAAGCUGCGCGCUCUUAUGAAAUCCAUGGAGGAGCAGAAAGAGGCCCACGGCAAGACUCUGAUAAAGCUGGAUGUAGCGAAUAGAGACUUGACGGAGAUAGAUCGUAAAUUGCAUCAAAAGAUCAUCGACUAUGAUCGACAAAAGGUCUCUUUGGAAAAAUUCAAGGCUGAGGUCAACAUGCUCAGUAAAACCGUGCAUAAGAACGAGGAUGAAAUAAGUGACUUAACGAAAAAUCUGAGGAACAGCGAAGAGAUUAUAAAGCAGCUGCGCCUGAUCGAGAAGGAGAAGUCCAAUACAGUAAGCCAGCUGACGGCCAAAUUGAAAAAGUCUAUGGAGGAUCAAAAUAAUGCAACCAAGCGCAUGUAUAAUCUGAACCGAAAAGUUCUUUCGCUCAAUAGUGACAUGCUGCGUCAAAAGAACAACAUAAAUUCUCUGGAGAAGGAUGUCGUUAAUGCUAACGGAAGAGCAGACGACAUACGAAGGGUUAAGGAAACAGUGCAGCGGGAGCGUGACAGCCUCCGUAGUGAUAUUAUUAAGUUGAACAAUACCAUGGCAGACUUUAAGCACGACAUGAUGCUCAAGACAAAUAUGAUAAGCUCUCUGCAGAUGGAUGUGAAUAAAUUGAAUGUGAAGUUGGACGAGGCAUAUAUACUUAAAUCCAAAGCGGAAAGGGAGCGCGAUGAAAUGGCGCAGGAAAUGGAGACACUUCACGAGCGCAUUGAGAACUAUCAGGAUCAAAUCCAUUUGAAGACCAAUCAGGUAAACGAUCUAACCGAGAAAUUGCAGGAGAGACAGCGUGAUGUGCACAAUUUAAAGAAGCAAUUAGAAGCUGUGCACUCGGAAAAGAUGAUGCUGCAACGUAAUCUUGAGACCACGACACAGGAACGUGACAAUUUCCGUAUUCUUCAAUCCAAAUCCGGUCACCAAAUCCAACAACUCACAACCGAAAUUAGUGCUAAUGAAGUAAAGAUCAACUCACUCAAUUUGAAAAUCGAGCAUCUGAAUAAUAACAUAAAGGAACUGCAAUCGGAGCUUAAGAACAAGGAGAAUAUGGUGGCAAGCUUGCGUAAAGAUAUGCGUGAAAUGAAGGCAAAGAACGAGAUGCUGUCAAAAACCAUUUCGAACGACGAGCUCAAAUUCACGAAAAUGGGGCAUGAGCUGGAAGAAAUGCGAAAGGAGCGUAAUUUGGUGGGCCUACAGAUGGUGCGUCGAAAUGACGAGAUCGUGCUCAUAAAGGAGAAACUCCAGAUUGCCCAAAACGCACUCGACAAUGGUACUACGCAAUACAAUCAACGCAUUGAGGACAUACGUCUCUUAAAGAAGGAGAUCUCUAAUUUGCAUACUGAGCGAGAAUGCUUGAAGCGCGCCAUUAAAAGCACAGCAGAUAUGAGAAAGGAAAUCGUUCGCUUACAGCGUGCUCUUAAUCAGGAGCGUAUCAGAAUUCGUGCAUUGACCGAGGAUGCCAAGACGCCAACCGGUGUCCAUCGCUGGCGUAUUCUUAAAGGCGAGGAUCCUAAGAAAUUUGAGCUUCUAGAGAAGCUGCAGGUGCUCCAAAAGCGGACCUUGAGGCAAUCCAUAGAGAACUCGAACAUUAAAAACUUACUUGAAGAAUCUCAGAAAACAAAUGAUAGUCUAAAACGUAUGCUCUCACAUAUGCCAACUAUUGAGGUGAAGCACAAGCUCGUCGUGCAACAGCGUAUAAAUCGCCAAAUGGCAAAAAAACUGAAAACCCUUAAAGCCGAACGAUCUCUGGAUGAAGUGGAAUUGAAUGCUCGUCAGUGCAUGAUAAAUAAGUACGCUGGGCAGCUGGAGGAAAUGCGUACCCCUACGCAUAAGAAUCCAACCAGCAGUAAGAUUAAAGUCAGCGAAUUUAGAGAUGAUUCUGAAAUGGAUCCAAAUGAAAUGGACCAAUACUUAGAGUGCGGUCCUUAUUCAAAUGAUGGAAGCAAUAUUACCUUGUUAUGUGAAAAUGAAACGGAAACAAAGGCGCUCAAAUGAUUUGACUCAAUUUUAUUGAUUGAUGGUGAUAAGGGCAAUAAUACGAUUAUACAAAUUUGCGACAGAAGUUGGAAUAAAGUUCAUGAAUUCAAAAACA